GAUGGCUGCACAUGUUUGAACUGCCUGUGAUGCUCCAAGGGGAAAAAAGAGGAGAAGAGGGAUAGACAGAAGCCUGAUCUCAGCGGGAGACGCGUUUUGUUCCUCAUUUGUUUGGAAGAUAAGCAAAUUUGCCAAUGCCAGCCGAAGUGAAGGAGGAGCAGGGUUCGGAGGGGCCUCCAGUGCUGCCCUUGUCCCAGGACAUGAAGGAGGGGGCCCCGGACCCCCCAGGAGCUCUGGACAACUGCGACGAACUGGACACGCCCACUUCUAUCGCCUCCGCCGUGACCUCCACCAACGAGAGCUCCACCGAGACGGACACGCCCCAGCAGACCGACACAGAGGAGUCGAAGGCGGUGGAUCCAGAGCUUAAACCCGAUCAGAUCGACGCCCAAGCGGCUCUGAACGAAGCCGUGGAGAGUCUGCUGACGCUGGGCUCGCCUGAACUCACGUCUACCCCCGUGACUCAAGAUAACACUCCAGCAGACACGCCAGCUCCUGAGGCCGACUCCACCCUGUCCGGCCCCAUCACGCUGACCACAAACACCACGACCACGACCACUGCCCCUCAGCCCGACACCCCAGCGGCGCCCCCUGAGAGCCGGGUCUACGCCCUCCCGGAUGGCUACAGGACCAUCGGCGGAGACUUGUGCGGCGGCGGAUACGGGAGCUUGUCCAGGGCCACGCUUCACGGGUACUGGCCGGCGAAGACCUUCCAACCCGGAGCCCACUACACCUUGCCGUUCCUCAGAGACAGCUACACGCCGUCCAUCCUGGGGAGUCAGACGGAAGAGGAGGGUCUGCGCGAACGUGCGGAAACACCGUGCGAUAUGAAAGAUCACCCGGCGAGCACCUACGCGACGCUGGGGGGAAUACACCCGUUUAGACCCAUCACCACCAUGGAGCUUCUGAGAGAGCCCUCGAGAACCAGGUCUGGAUACGACGAUGCGUUCAUGGCGCAGCUGGAGGGCAACUUGAACCCGUUCCUCCAGGCCAUGUGCCGCGCUCAGACCUUACAGUUCCCCCACAAACGCAGCAGCAUGGUCAGCCUGGACAGCAUCCGCAGAGACCCGAGAUGGAGGGACCCGAACCUGCAGGAAGUCAUCGCGAUGCUCAACCACCCCAUGGACCCGGUCAAGUCCAACGCCGCUGCCUAUCUGCAGCAUCUGUGUUACGAGAACGACCACAUCAAGCAGGAGGUGCGGCAGCUUAACGGCGUGCCUGUGCUCGUCGAGCUGCUGGACCAUCCCAAACCGGAAGUCCACCGCAAAGCAUGUGGAGCCCUGCGCAAUAUUUCCUUUGGCAAAGACCACCAAAACAAAAUGGCGAUAAAGAAUUGUGACGGGAUCCAGGCGUUAGUUCGAUUGUUAAGAAAGACCAGCAGCGUGGAGGUGAAAGAGCUCGUCACAGGAACUCUCUGGAACCUCUCCUCGCACGAGCCUCUGAAGAUGUCCGUCAUCAACCACGGCCUUCAAACCCUGACAGAUGAAAUCAUCAUCCCUCAUUCCGGCUGGAGGAGAGACACGAGUGACCCCUCCAAAAUGCAGAGCGCGGAGUGGACGACCGUUUUCAAGAACACCUCUGGAUGUCUGAGGAACGUGAGCUCGGACGGGGCAGAGGCGCGCCAGAGGUUGAGGGAGUGCGAGGGGCUGGUGGACGCUCUGCUUCAUGCCCUUCAGACCGCCGUGCUGACCAAGGACACGGACAAUAAGUCUGUGGAGAACUGCGUGUGCAUUUUGAGAAACCUCUCCUACCACGUCCACAAAGAAAUCCCCGGAGCCGAGCGUUUUCAGGAGCCCCACAUGAUGAGAUCAGGAGGUCACCCGCGGAAGAAGAGCGAGCACGACUGUUUUGGUGGAAAAAGGCCCAAAGAGGAGUGGUUCAAUCAAGGUUGGAAAAAUGGCUUUAUGGACAGAAAGUAUGGUACAUUGGAUUUACCUAAACGCCCUGAGCAAAUGAAAGGUUUGGAGUUGCUGUAUCAGCCUGACGUGGUGCGGCUGUACCUGGCUCUACUCACCUGUAGCCACAACCACAACACUCUAGAGGCGGCGGCCGGGGCUCUGCAGAACCUCGCAGCCGGACAGUGGGCUUGGUCAAGCUACAUCCGAGCCACGGUCAGGAAGGAGAAAGGGCUGCCCAUUCUGGUGGAGCUGCUGCGGUCGGAUGUGGACAAGGUGGUGCGAGCUGUGGCCAUCGCGCUCCGUAAUCUGGCCAUGGACAGGAGAAAUAAGGACCUGAUCGGCAGCUACGCUUUACGAGACCUCGUGGGCAACCUGCCAUGUGGACAACAGCAUCCGGCAAAGAACCUGGAAGGAGACACGGUCGUUUCCAUUCUGAACACCAUCCACGAGAUCAUCACCGACAGCCCCGAGAACGCCCGAGCUCUGAUACAAGGACACGCCGUGCAGAAACUGGUGGCCAUCAACAAGUCGAGCCAAUCAGUGCGAGAGACCAAGGCCGCCUCUCACGUUCUGCAGACAAUAUGGGCGUACAAGGAUCUGCGACACACUCUGACCAAAGCGGGCUGGACCAAGAGUCACUUUAAGCCGCCGUCGACUGGGGUGACCAAAAAGUCCAAGAGCGGGAAGCAGAGCGGCGACGACAUCACCUUACCGCUCAUGGAUAAAAACCAAGAUGUGUAUUCCACCUUGGAGCCAAAUGACAGAGUCGGCGACGGGAAGGGGUCAGUGGUGGAGAGAGAGGGUCUUCAGGCAAUCAAUGAGAGGAAGCACUUCAUCCGAGCUGGCCGUCCUGCCGUGGGGCUUAUGGACAACAAACCCCCUCCGUUAGACUCGUGGGUCUAAACCCGGAACCAGCCCGACCCAUGUAGAGACACUUCAUCUGUGACAUACAGACCUGUGCCAUCUGAUCAUAUCGACAAAAAAUAUCUUUGUUUACCUUGAAAUACGUGCCAAACCUUUAUUUAUUAAGGAUCUUCUGGAGAUAGACUUGAAGGAUUUUGUCAUUUAGGAGGAAAUAUUUACAAUAUAGCCUAAAUAUGCAAAGUGUGGUGUAACUCCAAAGAAUAUACGUGAUAAGAUCAAUUUUUACAUACACUAAAAAGAGUUUUGACUCAAAUGAAUGGUCAGUAUUUCCAUUAGUUUUGCGCUGUUGACCCGAUCCAGAAGAACUAUAUCUGCUGUGUAUUUGAGGGUAGAAUUAGCAGGAAUAUGAAUAAAACAUAUUCAGAGGAUUUGAUAUUAACUUUCCUUAUGACAAAGCUGCCAGUCGUCAGACAAGACUAAGAACGGUCUAAAAAGGUUUCUUAAAGGCAAACGUGAAUGUAAAUGUGUAACAAAGGACUGUUAAUAAUUUAAAAGAAGGCAUUUAUAUUGUAAUAUUUAUUGUAAUACCCAUGUUAUUAAUCUGAGGCCAUACAUGUGAAAUAGCUACUACCAGUUAAGCGAUCCUACAUUCAAGAAACUGCUUUGUAGUGAUCCUUUUUUGCAUUGCUAUGUUGAAUGAAAAUAAACAUAAAUUAUUACUGUA